AUGAAGAGAUUUGUAGAUGUAAGCCGUGGAUCGGUGCGGUUUAGUGGUCGUAGAGGGCUUUCGACUGAUGAUUCUCCUUCCCAAGCUGGAACUAGAACUCUGUUUAAAUUGAUUAAUAAUCCGCCCACGAUGGCGAGAUUGUCUGUAGCCCCUAGAGUACCUAUAUUUAUCCGCCAAGGAUGUUUGGUCUCCCUAUACAACAACAAUAUUGACGGCAACAAUGGAAGUGUGUCUGAUUUGUCGUUGACUAAACAAUUUGUGAAUUUAUGGAGUAAUAUGAUACAGUAUUCAUCGUUAAAACCUUCACAGUUUGUGAAAUUGGUAUCAUCUUCGCAUUCUUUUAAUGCACUUAUAUCUACAAACAAUGCAUUGAAUAAGAACAGUCAAACAUCCAUGUACCAUUUGAAUAUUAGUGGAGAAGAAGAUUGGCAAGUAUGGGGUAAGGAUUCUAUUGUAGCAUAUGAACAGAAUACAUCGUUGGAGUUAUUACCAGCACGAUCGUUGCAAUUCAAUAAAUUUAUUAAUCAAAAUUUUACAGUACUGAGAGGACGUGGUAAUUUAUUAUUGAAUGGUGUAGGAUCCAUUAUUAAGAUGGAAUUGAAAAACCCUUACGAUGAAAUAUUGGUUAAUUAUAGAAACUUGUUAGCCAUUAGUGGGAAAUCUCAAGUUGAUAUCAGAGACUCAAUGGCAAAUCAAUUGAUCUCACAAAACAAGAUUCAAUUCAAUUACAUUCCAAUACCACAAAUCAAAGACGAAAAAACAAAAACUAUAACGACUGCGUCGUUGACAUCAUUCGCAAAGGCAAUAGUUAUAAGGUUCGGCCAGUACUUAAGAAAAUUAUAUGACGUGUCUAAAUAUGGUACUCCGACUAAUUUCAUUCAAAUUAAGGGACCUAGAACUAUCUUGAUCCAAAGUUUCAAUAACGCGAUCUUAGAUAAUAAUUCAAGCUAUGAAUUGGAGCCAUUAUUACCGGAUCAACCAAUGAAACAAUAUAUUCCAAAGGAAGUGAAGGAUGAUUUGACAAAGAGUAAUUUAAGUUUUGCGUAUGUUGAACCAAAUGGUAGAGUUGAAUUUAAGAAAACUUUGACAUUAUUAGAUUCUGAUGACAAAAAAUAA